GAAUUGAUUCGGCGCACACAAGGUAGAAUUGAUCUAAUGUUAGAGGAUCAUCACCACGAAGCUUGGCAUGCGCCGCCGCUACCGAAACUGAAGCCAUUUUCAGGCACCGGCCAGCUGCUUGGUUGUCCCGUCCCUCGACUUGUUAUUGGCAGCUCCGACAACGCAGCAGAGCCGUCAUCGAUUUCUGAUCCAGUCAUAAGACCAAAGACCCAGGAAGAGAAUGGGGAUUCUGCUCUCCCUACUAGCCCCGUUGAGGUGGAUUCGAGUCAGCCAGUCACACAAUUACAGAUCCGCCUCACUGAUGGCACUAAGUAA